UGGUUGGAGAGUCGGCGCUGGGAACACUUCUGGAGUAUUUUGGCACGGCUCCUGCGCCAGCAUUUGUUGAGGUUAGUUCUUCGAGUCGUCCAAUAAAGGCAGGCUGAUAUGCGUUUGUUGACACACAUACACACACAGGACGAUGAUCCACCAAGUCCAUAUGUGCCGAUGCCGAUACUCAACUAUGGGACUGUUCAGCAGCCGCCUGCCAUGAUCUCACACACAGACCCGAACAUCCCCCUUGGCAUCACCCCAGCGAUCCACGAUGCUUCUCAGAGCACGGGGUUCAGUGAGUCUCCCCAGAGUUCCACAGAUGGAGUAUCCCGAGACCCGACCUCCCCCGACCUCGUGACUGGCUACAGGAACCUCGCACAGAGCCACGAAGAUCCCUUCUUCGACCCAGCUUCUGCCCGCCAGAACGUCUUGAGGCCCAGGCCCGCGAUCCCACCGGCGCGCAUGAGACGCCCGUCCAACGACCCCCAGUCGACCCCGGCGCUCAACGGGCCUCGUCCUCGUCCCCAAACUGGAGGGCUCAUGGGUCCACCCGCGCUCCCUGCGACCCGGCGCUCCUGGCUGAGACAGCCCACUAACGCGAACAGCUACUGGCAGGACCUGGACUUCGCAUCCUAUGCCACUCCCUCGACCGGCCCCGACGCCCCCGAAGCGGUACCAGAGGACACAAACGACCCGCAGACAAACCUCAUGUCGUCUCCCACCGUGAUGAUGCAGCAGAGGCGCAGCGGAGAGAUCAGACGCGGAAAACGUCCGGUGCGGGAACUAUACCCAAUUUUGCCCACUUUGCCUGUUACUGGUGAUCCCAAUGGUAACAAUCAUCCUAACAAUGCUGCCAGUGCGGAUCCGAAACCCCCGAUGAAGGUCGUCGUCGCGUCUAAGCCCGCAGCCGAACCCAAGGCAGAGCCGGAGCCUAAGCGUCCUAGAUAUGUGAAAUUCCUGGAUGAUACGACUAUUGUGCCGUGCUCGCCUGUUUCGGCCAGGAGUUCAGGUAGAGGCGCCGGUGCUGUCAACCCUCGUGCCGAUGCUCGUCUUCGGAACGUGGGUCUGGGAGGAACGGCCGAUGAUGCGGUUGACGGCUUUGGUCUUUCGGAGCGUAACAACCAUCAGCAACAGGAGAGUGGGGCUGUGGUUGCGGAUGGCGACAAGAUGGACUUGGAUGAACAGAAGGGGACUGGCGACGAAACGGAGGAGUUGGAAUGGAUCUUCCAGUGCUAUGUGACUGAUCAAGAGGACCAGCGGCAGAGGGAGGAGGCUGGCGAGCACCCAUUCUUCAGCAGCCCUUUCGCAUGCGGCUAUAACCAAGAUUCCGAGGGGUUGAAUGAGGAGGUUGGUGAUGGCGAUUGGGAUAUGAUGCAGUGAAGUUCGGGGUUUGGUUUAGUCGUUUGGUUGGUUGGUUG